UACAGAGACGUCCCACCCACCCCAUUAGAUAGACUGGAAAAAUGGCGACGAGGUUACUGCGGCUCCCACUGCGCCUUUCUACCCAAAAUAUGGGGGUUAUGAGCCGUAACACCGGCUUGAAAACAUCAAACAUAUCCAGGGCGACUCAAAGCCGGACGGCAGUAUCAACGCCAUCGGGGGCAAUCUUACCUAAACCGGAUAAAACACCGUUUGGUCUUAUCCGUAUGACAAUAGUGGUGGUGCCUUUCCUGUAUGUGGGAACUCUGAUCAGCAAGAACUUUGCUGCUCUCUUGGAGGAGCAUGACAUCUUUGUCCCAGAGGACGAUGACGACGAUGACUGAGUCAUUGACAGAAAAAAAGAGUGAAUACUAGCCAGCACAAGGAAGGUGGAGAAGAUGGGACAGUUUGACUACCAAAUCCUUGAUCUCCACCCAUCUCCUUCCUCUGUCCUCUGCUGUUUAUGUUGUUUACAUUAAAUUCAUUUAUUGAAAUGCCAUAUCAUGUGAGGCUAUCAAAAAAAAUGUUAUGCCUUCACUCUUGUUUGCAUGUUUGUGUCUGUCACUCAAUAAACAGAGUCGAUUACACACUAA